AUGCAGUUCAUGCAUUCUGUUCGUGCCAGAGAGGUGGAUCACCUGAUCAAUUUCCCUCCACGGCCGCUUCUCCCUUCCAUCUUCCUUUAUUCAGACAGAUUUCAACAUGCAGAAUCAUUGACUGACAAUCAAUUAUCCAUCAAUAUCUCUGACAGAUUUCCUGACAUUCAGUCUCCUAGCAGCGCGACAUCAACGCGUCAUUUCAGCAAUUCAACCAUUCAACCCUAUAUCUAUAUCGUCCGAUUAGCAAGCCUGGUUUGGAGCACCUUUGACUCGUACAUAUACAGGCCAUCAUCAUCAAGGCUGUUGGUUGAAAACUGGCCACUACUGAUCCCAGGAUGUGGGAUAUGCUUCUUGAAAUUGCCCUUUGUUCUGGCCAUUGAACUCCUAGAGCUACUUGCGCUACGAUCUUGCUGCCAUACACGGUCCAAUUCUUUGCUCCUUCACGACACACCAGAGCCAGAACGAAACCUUUCGGAACCUGCUUGGCGAGUAGAAUUGACAGAGACAUUUUUCAAUGUGCUCCUGCUGGCAGACUGGGCCAAUGGGGGUUACCUGGCCCCCAGUCUCUCAUUAUUCAUCAUCUGGGAGAGUACCUGCACUACCUGGACUUCUGUGGCGUCUUUUGUCGAUUUUAUUACACAGGUACGAGGAGCGGGAGAGUUUCAUGGGAGGCAAGUUAUGGCCAAAGAUGCGGUGUUAUCGCGGAUAGCGAAAGGCCUUGGGGCGUACAUGGAGGGGUUUGACGGUUCAACCUCGAGCGAGACCAUCGUGUUGACCAUUCGACUGAAGUAUGAAUGGCAAGCGGCGGAGUCACUUGACAAGGUGGAUAAUAGGCUCAUACCCCAGAGCACAGUCAUGUGUUCCAGAAUCUAUGGACAUUCUAAACCGCAACCCAUCGCUGUUUUGGUUGCCCCGGGACAGCCGUCUGCAAUUAACCGUGCGCUCGAACAUGACUGGAGAAGUAUCAACCGAUGCCGAACUUAUAGAGGAUCGAAUAUCAUGAUACUUGCCUCCUGCUGA